UUUUAAAAGAAAAAAGAGUUUUUCCAGACUGAAACUGAGGACUUAGGAAGAAUACACAAAAUGUCUUCGGAAGGAAAAAAGCUUUUCAACAUCAUUAUUUUGGGAGUCUCAUUUAUGUUUAUAUUCACUGCUUUCCAAUCCUGUGGAAAUAUUGCGCAAACUGUUAUCACGAAUUUAAACAACACAGACUUUCAUGGCAGUGGCUACACGAGCAUGUCCAUUAUUUAUGGAGUAUUGUCUGCAUCAAAUCUUAUAUCACCUUCUCUGGUUGCAAUAGUGGGUCCUCAGUUCUCCAUGGUUGUUAGUGGUGUGUUUUAUAGCUUAUACAUUGCAGUGUUUAUCCAACCAUCUACAUGGGCUUUCUACACUGCCUCUGUGCUUAUUGGCAUUGCAGCUGCUGUCCUCUGGACAGCCCAGGGAAAUUGCUUGACUGAAAAUUCUGAUGAAAACACCAUUGGAAGGAACAGUGGAAUAUUUUGGGCACUCCUGCAGUUCAGCUUGAUUUUUGGAAAUAUGUAUAUAUACUUUGCUUGGCAAGGAAAAACUCACAUAUCAGAGAGCGAUCGCAGAACUGUCUUCAUUGCUCUGACUGUUAUCAGUCUUGUGGGCACAGUUCUGUUCUUUCUGAUUAGGAAACAAGAGGACACAAAAGCUCCAGGGGAUGAUGAUUCCACUAAUGAAAUCCUGGGGGAGAGCUCGUCUGCACGAAACAAAAUGAUGAGAGCAGUGGCUGCCUUCAAGAAAUCUAUUACACUGAGCUUCACCAAAGAGAUGCUUCUUCUCAGUGUUACCACAGCCUACACAGGUUUGGUGUUGACAUUCUUUUCUGGAGUGUAUGGAACGUGCAUUGGUGCUGUGAAUAGGUUUGGCAGUGAAGAGAAAAGCCUGAUUGGUCUCUCUGGUAUUUUUAUUGGUGUUGGAGAAAUCUUGGGGGGAGGGAUCUUUGGCUUGCUGAGCAAGAAGAAUCGCUCUGGCAGGAACCCAGUGGUGAUGCUGGGCAUCCUUGUACACUUCAUAGCCUUUUAUUUAAUUUUUUUCAACAUGCCAAAUGAUGCCCCCAUUGCUCCCAUGGAAGGAACAGAUCAAGUUGCUUAUAUGAUUCCAAGCAAAGAGGUGGCCAUGCUCUGCAGCUUCCUGCUGGGGCUGGGGGACAGCUGCUUCAACACCCAGCUCCUCAGUAUUUUGGGAUUCCUGUACUCAGAGGACAGUGCUCCUGCCUUUGCCAUCUUUAAGUUUGUGCAGUCCAUCUGUGCUGCAGUUGCCUAUUUCUACAGCAACUACUUCCUGCUGCAGUGGCAGCUCCUGAUCAUGGUGCUCGUGGGCUUUUUUGGAACAAUCACCUUCUUCACCGUGGAGUGGGGAGCAGCAGCAGCCCUUGCUGCCCGUGGCUCAGACUACAGCAGCAUCUGAUCCCUGUGCCAGCCCUGCUCUGCCAGGAGGAACAGCACAGGCACGCUUUUUGGGAGGUGUGAAAAGGUCAAAGAGGUGGAGUUCCUGCAGAAAUUGAAGUGGAGGAAGCUGCUACUGCAGUCCAACUGAAUGUGAAACAGGAGGGGGAAAAAAAUGCCACAUUUGAAAG